ACCAUUACCACUCAUUGAAUUACUAACUUAUCUAACUCGAGCGAUUUACUUGGAGGCAAGAUCCCCAAGAUCAAAGACUAGUAUAGACCCAAAAGUCAGACUCAAACUGUCUUAGAGCGCACGCAGCCAAACGAAACACCGCACACAUAUAUAAAUCAUAAUCAAUUCAUCGUUCCUAUUUUCCAUUUCUCAACGAGUUUCACUUUGUUGCUGAAAAGAGGAAAAUAAUCAAAUCGAAAAAUGGCGGAAUCAUCAUCUUCAACGGCAACAGCACCGAAACCGAAGUCCGAUAUCGAAAUUGAAGAAAUGCUCGAUCGGAUGCUAACUCGUUUAGCUCUCUGCGACGAUUCCAAACUCGAACCCUUACUCUCUAAGCUUCUCCCUCUCACAAUCUCUUCUCUCUCCUCUUCAUCCGUCGCAGUUCGUAAUAAGGUUCUUGAGAUUUUGAGUCACGUGAACAAGAGAGUGAAGCUUCAGUCUGAUAUUGGUUUGCCUUUGACUGAGUUGUGGAAAUUGUAUUCGGAAUCUGGUUCUGCUCCGAUGAUAAGGAAUUUUUGCAUUGUCUAUAUAGAGAUGGCUUUUCAACGUGUUGAUGCAAAGGUAAAGGAAGAUUUGGCACCUGAUCUCUUGGUGAACAUCUCAAAACUUCCUAUUCAACACCAGGAAAUUAUCCUUAGGGUCGUUGUUAAGGUAAUUGGUGAGUGCCACUCUGGUCAAAUUGGUGAUGAAGUUGCUGCAAAGUAUAAAAAAGUCGACAAUUCUCAAGAUAGGGAGUUUUUUAUUGAGUUUUGUCUUCAUACAAUGUUGUACCAGCGGGUCUCUCAAAGUGGUGGAUUCCCUCCUGGGCUUUCUGUUGCUCAAGUCAAUCGUGUUACAGGGAAACAACAGUUGCAAAGUAAUGAACUUCGAUUAAGAAAGUUGGGUAUUUUGAAUGUCAUUCAAGCCAUAGAGCUUGACCCUGAGCUUGUUUAUCCUUUAUAUAUUGCUGCUUCUGUAGACUGUGAAGAGCCUGUGGUGAAGAGAGGUGAGGAGCUUUUAAAGAAGAAGGCCAGCGGUGCUAAUUUAGAUGAUUUAAAUCUGAUCAAGAGACUAUUUUUGCUAUUUAAUGGUACUGUUGGAGUUGAAAGUGCUGAUUCAGAGUCAAAAGUGAGUCCUGGUAGUCAUGCUCUAAAGGCAAAGUUGAUGUCUAUAUUCUGCCGGUCUAUUGCAGCUGCAAACAGUUUCCCAUCCACCUUGCAGUGCAUUUUUGGUUGCGUUUAUGGUAAUGGCACCACAUCAAGGCUGAAGCAAUUGGGAAUGGAAUUUACUGUUUGGGUAUUUAAGCAUGCAAAAAUUGAUCAGCUUAAGUUAAUGGGUCCUGUUAUUUUGAGUGGAAUUAUGAAGUCUCUUGACAAUUAUUCAAGUUCAGAAGCAGAUGCCAGUGCUCGGGAGGUCAAAACAUAUGCUUUUCAAGCAAUUGGGUUGCUUGCACAGCGCAUGCCUCACCUUUUCAGUGAAAAGAUUGACAUGGCUGCUCGUCUUUUUCAUGCACUGAAAAUUGAAUCUCAGUCUCUCCGAUUUGUUGUUCAAGAAGCAACAAUAUCUCUUGCUGCAGCAUACAAGGUAGCCCCAUUAGCUGUGUUACAAGAUUUGGAGGUGCUUCUGCUACAAAAUUCUCAAGUGGAGGAAAGUGAAGUACGAUUUUGUGCUGUAAGAUGGGCAACAUCUUUGUUUGAUUUUCAACACUGUCCCAGUCGUUUUAUUUGUAUGCUAGGAGCAGCAGAUGGUAAAUUAGAUAUCAGAGAAAUGGCACUUGAAGGUCUCGGUCUGCUUAAAAGUGAAAAUCAAAUUGAUGGUUUGAAGUACCCCAAACUUGGUAUGAUGCUGGAUUACAUUCUCCGGCAACAGCCUAAGUUAUUAGAGUCCACUGAAAUUAGAGACCAGAACCUGCUUUUUCCUUCAAACACAUACAUUGCCAUGAUCAAAUUCUUAAUGAAGUGCUUUGAGUCAGAGUUGGAGAACAAGUCCUUAGAAGGAUCAUCUGAAUUUAUGUCAUCAGUGAACACAUUCUGUUUGCUCCUGGAACACUCUAUGUCAUUUGAAGGCUCUGUUGAAUUGCACGUCACUUCUGCAAAAGCAUUGCUUAUAGUUGGAUCACAUAUGCCAGAGGUGGUAGCAUCACAUUAUGCUCUCAAGGUUUCAUGGCUUAAGCAACUACUGAGUCACGUGGAUUGGGACACUCGGGAAUCCAUUGCAUGUUUACUUGGAAUUGUGUCUUCUGCUCUUCCUCUCCCUGCAACAUCUGAUCUUAUUUCGGAAUUGACUUUAAUAUUCAGCCAAACACACAAGUCGAGGUUUGAGACUCAGCAUGGUGCGCUUUGUGCAAUAGGAUAUAUAACUGCAGAUUAUUUGUCUAGAGCACCACCUAUGCCAGAAAUAUUUCUACAGCAAACACUUAGAUGCCUAGUUGAUGUGGUUAAUUCUGAAUCUUCUGCUCUUGCUGCUGUUGCAAUGCAAGCAUUAGGUCAUAUUGGACUACGUGUUUCAUUACCUCCACUAGACAACUCUAAUUCAGAUGGUAUUCUGAUAAUUCUGCAUGAUAAAUUGAGCAAGCUUCUCUUGAGUGAUGAUGUUAAAGCAAUACAGAAGAUCGUCAUAGCCAUUGGACAUAUAUGUGUAAAAGAAUCAUCAUCCUCUCAUCUUGAUAUGGCCUUAAAUUUGAUUUUCAGUCUUUGUCGAUCUAAGGCUGAGGAUAUUCUAUUCGCCGCUGGGGAGGCACUCUCUUUUUUGUGGGGUGGUGUCCCUGUCAAUGCUGACACAAUUCUCAGGACUAACUUUACUUCACUGUCAACUGCUUCAAAUUUUCUGAUGGGAGAUUUAAACUCUUCUGUGUCAAGACAGUUUCCUAAUGGACAAAGUGAACAUAGUGAAGAAUAUCACGCUUCUGCAAGAGAUGCAAUUAUCAAAAAGCUCUUUGAUGUGCUUUUGUAUAGCAGCAGGAAAGAGGAGCGAUGUGCUGGAACUGUCUGGCUAGUAUCACUUACAAAAUACUGCGGCAAUCACCCUAUUAUUCAGAAAAUGCUUCCAGAAAUUCAGGAGGCUUUCUCUCAUCUCCUUGGUGAACAAAAUGAACUCACACAAGAGUUGGCUUCUCAAGGCAUGAGUAUUGUGUAUGACCUUGGUGAUGAGUCUAUGAAACAAAAUUUGGUGAAUGCACUUGUGAAUACGUUGACUGGGUCAGGCAAACGGAAAAGAGCCAUCAAACUUGUUGAAGAUUCUGAAGUAUUUCAAGAUGGAGCUCUUGGUGAAAGUGUUGGUGGAGGGAAGCUGAACACUUACAAGGAGUUAUGUAGCUUAGCAAAUGAGAUGGGACAACCAGACUUAAUUUAUAAGUUUAUGGAUUUAGCAAAUCAUCAAGCUUCUUUGAACUCUAAGAGAGCAGCUGCUUUUGGCUUCUCAAAAAUAGCAAAGCAAGCAGGGGAUGCUCUUAAGCCACAUUUACGUUCUUUGAUUCCAAGGCUUGUACGCUACCAGUAUGAUCCUGAUAAAAACGUGCAGGAUGCAAUGGUACACAUAUGGAAGUCACUAGUGGCUGACUCGAAGAAAACCAUUGAUGAACACCUAGAUCUCAUUAUUGAUGAUUUACUAAUUCAAUGUGGAUCCAGGCUUUGGCGGUCUCGUGAAGCGUCAUGUCUUGCCCUUGCAGAUAUUAUUCAAGGAAGAAAGUUUCAUGAGGUUGGAAAGCAUUUAAAAAGAUUAUGGUCAGGAGCAUUUCGUGCCAUGGAUGACAUAAAGGAAACUGUCAGGAUUUCUGGCGAAAAACUAUGCCGUUCUGUAACAUCGUUGACAACAAGGCUCUGUGAUAUCUCUCUAACUGAUGUGUCAGAUGCCCACAAAGCAAUGGAUAUUGUUUUACCUUUUUUGCUUGCAGAAGGUAUCUUAAGUAAAGUUGACAGUGUUAGGAAGGCAUCAAUUGGAAUUGUUAUGAAGCUUACAAAGCAUGCUGGAACUGCAAUCCGUCCCCAUUUAUCUGAUUUAGUGUGCUGCAUGCUUGAAAGUUUAUCAAGCCUAGAAGACCAAGGGCUCAAUUAUGUUGAGCUUCACGCGGCAAAUGUUGGAAUUAAGUCAGAGAAGCUUGAAAGCUUGAGAAUUUCCAUGGCCAAAGGUUCUCCUAUGUGGGAAACUUUAGACUCGUGUAUAAAAGUUGUUGAUGCAGAAUCAUUGGAUACAUUGAUCCCACGACUUGCUCAUUUAGUGCGAUCUGGUGUGGGUCUUAACACUAGAGUUGGUGUUGCCAAUUUCAUUACCUUGUUGCUUGAAAGUGUUGGUGUUGACAUCAAACCAUAUGCUAAUAUGCUGGUGAGGUUGUUGUUUUCCGUGGUUAAAGAAGAAAAAAGUACUGCUGCAAAGCGUGCCUUUGCAGGUGCCUGUGCGAAAGUCUUGAAUUAUAUACCAGUCUCGCAAGCCCAGAAACUUAUUGAAGAUACUGCAGCUUUGAGUGCUGGUGACAAAACCUCUCAAAUUGCAUGUGCAUUUCUCUUAAAGAGCUAUUCAUCCAGGGCAACAGAUGUUAUUGGUGGAUAUCAUGCAGUUAUCAUUCCAGUUGUUUUCCUUUCAAGAUUCGAGGAUGAUACAAAUAUUUCCAGCCAAUUUGAAGAACUAUGGGAAGAAUAUACAAGUGGCGAACGAAUCACUCUCCAAUUAUACUUGGGUGAAAUUGUGUCACUAAUUUGUGAUGGCAUGUCAUCAUCAUCAUGGGCAAGGAAAAAAAAAUCUGCGCAGGCUAUAUGUAAGCUCAGUGAAGUUUUGGGCGAAUCUCUUUCUUCUCACCAUGAAGUUCUGCUUCAGUCUCUUAUGAAGGAAAUUCCCGGUCGCUUAUGGGAGGGAAAAGAUGUUCUAUUGCUAGCAGUAGGUGCUCUAUCUACAUCCUGCCAUAAAGCUAUUUCUGCUGAUGGUUCUGCAUCUUCCAUUGCGAUUCUGAAUUUGGUAUCAUCAGCAUGCACCAAAAAGGAGAAAAAAUAUCGCGAAGCAGCAUUUGCCUCUCUUGAGCAGGUUAUAAAAGCCUUUGGCAACCCAGAGUUCUUUAAUAUGGUUUUUCCCUUGUUGUUUGAUCUAUGCAAUUCAAAGCCCCUAAAGCCACCAGUGCUCAAUGAUGCUGCUAAAGCAGAGUUGGACAGUGUUGAAGAGACUUCUAUUCCACAUAACAAAAUUAUAGAAUGUUUGACCUCUUGCAUCCAUGUGGCACAUAUAAACAAUUUUCUUGAAAAGAAAAAGGACCUAAUGCACAUGUAUGCUGCAUUCCUAUUACCUGAACAUAAAUGGACAGUCAAAACUACCGCAUUUUUAUCCAUUAAAGAACUUUGUUCAAGGCUCCACAAUGUCAUAAAGGACUCCCAGGGAACUAAUGAACAUGCCGGUGUAACUUCCCUUGUUCAGGAGAUGUUUCAUUCUAUAUCUCCGAAGGUUCUACAUUGCAUAAGCACAAUAAAAAUUGCUCAGGUUCAUGUUUCUGCCUCAGAAUGCCUUCUGGAAAUCUUGAAACUUUCUGUGGUUGUGCCUUCAGUUACUGCAAUUAAUGAAGAAUUCAAGGAAGAGCUCCUUCAUCAGUAUGAGAUAGAGAAGAACGAAGGGGCAAAAUCGUUAUUAAGAAUGUGCGUCAACAUUCUUCAAGAUUGGAAACGGUAAAUUGUACUACCAGCUAUAAUUCUUUUACAUGGAGUUUUGGUAGAAUGAAACAUUUUACAACCUGAUAAAAUAUUAUAUUAUACCCAAUGCUUGUUGAUAGGAGUUUUGCUAUAACGUCACAUGUAAACAACAGGCCAUGUAUCAAUCAAUGUUAAUGACAAUUUUAUAGUGUAGACAUCCAAUUUCUAGGUAA